AUGCAGACCCUCAGCGAAGCGUUGUUGCACAACAACCAUCCCGCUCCACCUCCACAGCCUGCCGGGCAUAGAGAUGUAGGGCACCUUGUGUCGGGCCAUAAACCUUUGACGUUCGCCGGUGAGGAAGACCCCGUUGUUCUUGAAGAGUGGGUUCGGAUGUUCUACAAGAUCUUCUCCAUCCUUGGGUGCCCCGAGGAGCGCCGAGUGGAGUUAGCGUCCUUCUACUUCAGCCACGAAGCCGACUUGUGGUGGGUACACGAGGGACCCGCUUGUCUUGAGGAGCCUGACUUUGACUGGACGUCCUUGAAGUACCGGAUGCGAGAGCAGUUCUACCCGGCACUUAUUCGUGCCGCGAUGAUUCUCGAGCGAGCUCGCUUCGCCAGGAUGCCUGUCCCCACCGAGCUUGCAAACGUUGAGAAGUUCGUAGCCGGUUUGAACUACGAGGCACGCAAGACUUUAACCCUGAGCAGGCCGAGGUCUUUGAAGGAGGCUUACUUGAGUGCCGCGGACUUGUAUCGGGUGCAGCAGUUGCAACAUGGAUCUUUUGAGCUUGCUAGGAAGAGGAACGAGAGUGGUGCAUCCUCCAACUUCAAGAGGCCAAGGCAGGACUUCCAAGCCAAGGACGCACCUUCUCCAACCCAAGGACCAACUCGAACGGAGCCCGAAAGCCAAGCCAAGACGUUUGUGUGUCGAAGGUGUGGGAAAGAGCACGCGGGCAAGGAUUGCAAUGGUCAUGCGUUCCAAUGCUUCCGAUGCGGGGAGAGAGGACAUAAGAUUGCCGAGUGUCCUCAGCAUUCCAACCAAAGGGCGUUGCCACCAUCUUCGGGAUCCGGAGGACCAUCGGGAGGGAGCUCGAGUCGAGGAGCAGCCGGAGGUAGACCUUCGGGUUGGGUUUUCAUGAUGGGGCGAUCUCAGGCUGAGACAGAGGGACUGGUUGAGGACGAGACGACAGGUAACCCUUUUUCUACCCUACCCUUGUCUUGA